AUUACGUCAAAAUCGAACAACUCAAAUUCAAGGUUGCGGCUGUGCGCAUGUUUUUUUAAAACAAGCUACAUCCGACUAAAUUAAUUAGUCACUUCGAUUGAUGUUGAGCCGAUCGUUCCGGCAUUUGUCGGCUUACGUGUACAAAAUGUUGCCUGAAGUUGUAUUCGUUCUAGGAGCACCCGGGGCUGGCAAGGGAACCCAGUGUUCACAUAUUUCCAAGGAGUAUGACUUCGUUCACCUUUCUGCUGGUGAUCUACUGCGUGAGGAAAGACAACGACCUGGCUCUGAGUAUGGAGAAAUGAUUGAGGAAAAGAUUCGUAAUGGAGAAAUCGUCCCCGUCGAGGUUACGUGUUCACUUAUUCAUAAAGCUAUGCAAAAGUCGGGUAAAUCGCGUUUCCUUAUCGACGGCUUUCCACGUAAUAAAGAUAACCUGGACGGGUGGGACCGUGUGAUGUCGGACAAGACGAAACUCUUGUUUGUAUUAUUCUUUGAAUGUUCACGAGACAUAUGUACGGAAAGGUGCUUGGGGCGGGGUGCGGCGGGCAGCGGCCGCUCCGAUGACAAUCUGGAGAGCUUGCAGAAGAGAUUCAACACGUAUAUAAACGACACCAUGCCUAUUAUCAACCACUACGACCGGUUGGGGUUGGUAAAGAGAAUAAAUGCUGAGUCGGUUCCCGAGGAAGUGUUCCAAGAUGUAAAGAAAGUUUUUGAUGGCGCCGGACUCCAAAGGAUAGCUAAUUAAAUGCACUAUACUUAGACCAAUAUUUGAGUGAUUGUGUCAUUAUUUGCUAUGAUAUGUUGCUCUUAGAGUCCAUUUAAAUGGCACAUUCUCUAGAGGCCAUUAGUUUAGGAUAAGAGUAAAAUUUGCUUAACUUUGCAAGUCUCAAAAUUAUGUGAAAAACUUGGUAGGCAAUAUACAAUCAAACUUAAUAGAUAUGUAAAGUUAUUUAAAUUAGUGGAACCUUUAUAUAAAAAACCGAUCAAUUAGUUU